GGCUCGCAGGGGUGGCUGAGAGUUGAGGGUGGAAACGUCGCGGAUGGUGAGGGGCCCGUGGCCGGAAUCGGCCCAGCAGGGCGAGCGGUCUUGGACGCUGCAGGGGCUGCGCCUUCAUCGCGGCCGCCCAGGUUCUCUGUCCCCGGAGGCCGCCCCUUCUGUGGCCGCGGGGCUGUGUGCCCACAGCCAGCCAUGCCGUGCACACGGCCUGCUGCACAUGGGGGGGCGGUGCCCGCGCCCGCAGACCGACACAUGUCAGCAGCUUCUUUCUGCUUUCAGGUGCUGGGCGCGCAGAGGAGAAUGCAGACCCACCUCCGGAGCCGAGCGUCUCUGUAGCCUCCCGGGCGCGUGUCCCAGGCAGGCUGCCCCGCCCAUGGCUCCCCCUUGUGACGUGUGUGGCCCCGUCCUGACAGGUGCUGUGCGCAGGGGCGAACAGCCCGAAGGGCGCCCUGGCCCGAGGCACUCGUGUCGGGCCUGCGGGAGGCGGGUCUGGCCCAGAGCAGACUCGGACCAGCAGCAUGGUGUGGACAAAGCCUUACGGAGAGGCGAGGGAGAGACGGCGUUGGUGAGGAGCGGCGGGCUCUGUGAAGCCCCUCGCCUGUCAGAGAAGCCCUUCGCGUCUGAGGAGGAGCAGGAGGACUCCCAGGUCCGCCUGGACUGUCGCCCGCAGAGAGCCGCCCAUGGCGGGAUGAGCGCGGAGAGCCAGGAGGGCUUCCCGGCGGCAGAGGCGCGUUACCACUGUGCGGACUGCGGCAAGGCCUUCAGCCGCCGAGACACGCUGGUGCAGCACCAGCGGAUCCACACCGGGGAGCGGCCCCACGCGUGCGGCGAGUGCGGCAAGGCCUUCAGCCGCAAAGCCACCCGCAAAGCCACGCUGGUCCAGCACCAGCGGAUCCACACCGGGGAGCGGCCCUACGCGUGCGGCGAGUGCGGCAAGGCCUUCAGCCGCAAGGACAACCUGACCCAGCACAGGAGGGUCCACACUGGAGAAACGCCUUACAGGUGCGACGACUGUGGGAAGGUUUUCAGCCAUCACUCCAACCUGAUCGUCCACCAGAGAGUUCACAAUGGCGCGCGGCCUUUUAAGUGCGGCGAGUGUGGGAAGGUGUUCAGGCACAAAUCCACGCUCGUGCAGCACGAGAGCAUCCACACGGGGGAGAGCCCGUACGUGUGCGGCGACUGCGGCAAAUGCUUUGGCCACAGGUACACCCUGAUCAAGCACCAGCGCAUCCACACCGAGGCCAGGCCUUUUGAGUGCACCGAAUGCGGGAAGUUCUUCAGUCGGAGCUCCGACUUCAUCGCACACCAGCGAGUUCACACGGGCGAGAGGCCUUUCGUGUGCAGCAAGUGUGGCAAGGAUUUCAUCAGGACCUCCCAUCUCGUUCGGCACCAGAAAGUUCACACUGGAGAAAGGCCCUACGCGUGCAGGGCGUGUGGGAAGGCCUACAGCCUGAGCUCCCACCUCGUCCGCCACCAGAAGGUGCACGCGGCGGGGGGGCGCUAGGGCAGCUGCAGUGCAGGCGGCU